UUAUUUAUAACACUUCCAAACAAAUUUAAUCAUCUAAUACAAUCACAUUUAUUACCCUAAUUCCGACGUAAAUACGUGUUAUCGUAUAAUAUCAGACGAUUUGUCAUUUCGGUCUACGUGGCACGUCUCUAAAGUUUCAAUUAUUUCUUUGAUAAUGCAGAUUAUAGAUGAAAGUUCGCCGCCUUGUCCUUAUGAAAUAUUUUCCGUUGAAGAUGAUAGUAAAAUAUGCGCACACAAUAUAUUAAAACAAUACAACGAUUCAACGAAGGAAUGUCCCCUAUACAUCAAGAUUACAGACGUCAGUUCUUCGUGUGAUAAUCCGAUAACAACAAAAUGGAUCGUGACUAGAGAUUACGGAAGCUUCUCGGAACAGUUUCCGGUUGUCAUCUGUAAUGGCCGAGAAUAUUGUCAAUUUUCGACCUUGUACACUAUCACCCCCAAACAUAUUUCAUUUAAAAUAAUAAACGAAAUGAACGAAAUAAUAUUAUCAAGAAUAAUGAAUAAUGGCGGGCUGAACUACGUUUGCGUCAACGACUGCGGCACACUAGAUCCGAGCACGAAAAAAGUCAUCAAGCAAGAAAAACCUUACAGUUUCGAUCUUUUCCAAAAUGUCGGACAAAAGAACAAGCGGGAAAACGAAGCGUGGGCGCCAUUUGACAAUUUUGAUACCAACGUUUUUAAUUACGAAAAUUAUUUAGGCCUCCACGGAUACGUCCAGGAAUCCAAGGAGAAACCAAAAGAAAUUAAAUCACAUUGUAAGGAAUUAGUUAAUGAAAAUUUGAAUUAAAAUUUAAGUAUUUUUUUUGUUUUUUUAUUUUUUUAUUUAGUCAUUGCAGCUACGCACAUACUUAUUGCGUUGUGUGACAAAAAUAUCGAUGAGGACAGUUACUAUUAGAAAUUAUUGUAAGAUAUUUUUUUAACUCAACCGUAAGCAAUCAAAAUAGGAGUUACUACUUUAUUUGAUUACGGUUUUGUUUUCGUAAUAAACGCAUGAACGUAAUGAA